CGGUAAUGCCUACUACGCAUGCGCAAUGUCCUCAAGCGUCCUCAACGGUGCUUGGAAGGGAGGAUAUAAAGUUGGAUCUAUUUUUCCUUUGUCAUAUUGUCGAUUGGUUUAUCUACAGUGUUCAUACGUGUCGGUUGUCGUUUAUAACAAACAGUGUUUCGUUAUCGAAGAGUUCAAUAUCCUGAUUUCAGCGACUGCACGCGAACCCAUGGCUGACUCGGUGGAGACGUUCCAGACCCAUCUAACCUCUGUCAUGGACAGUUUGAUCCGCGCAUCGGUGUGCGAGAUCACCAAACUGUUCCAGGACACGGUGAAUGACUACCUGGUGGAAAUAUCGCUGAACAGGAAGGAAAUGGACGCUCUAAAACUCCGACUCCGAUUGACCGAGAACAAACUGAGAAAUGAACGCAAGUACGGGAUGGGGUGGGCAGAGAAUCGCCGCAAUGCUGGUUUGAUAGUGUCGGAGGACGGUGGGCGGAAAAAGCGGAAAAUUGAAGUGCCUCGAGGAAAGCAGACGCUGGCCCCUGCCUUAGGAGUCGCGUGGGAGGAAGGAGGCGGAGGAGCAGCAGCAAGGGUAGUAACGGGGGGAGGGUGGAAGGAGGCACGCGAGCUCUACCUUAUCCAGUUCCCUGGGGAGGAGGAAGGAGAACUAGAGGAGGAGGGGGGCUGUGUUUCGGGAGAGGGGGAGGAGACUGACAACAUCAAAGAGGAGUCCGGUGACAUGGUGGAGGGGGGCUACCAGCCUGCGUCUCUGCGGCUGAUCAAGGAAGCCCUGAAGAUGGACCCGCCCAACCAGAACCGCCAUGCUGGAUCCAGAACCCACAGCGAAGUAGGAGACAUGGAGUUCAGCCCUAUGGCCCAGGAGGCCCCGAAGCGUCCCCCAGCCGGGAGGCCUGAAGAGGAGGAUGAGGAGUGGGACGUGGGGUCCCCUCCAACAGAGGUGUCGGAGGGGGGGCUGAGCGUGGAGGACCUGAGUGGGCUGGAGACGGCCCUGAGGGCAGAGAGGGGGCGCGAGCAGGCAGCCCUGAGGAUCCCCCCCACAGCAGGCUCCAUGACCCCUGACCCGGAAGUAAUGGCAGGCAGCGAGUUCAGCCUGGGCCAGAAGUACAUUGGUCUGGAUGGUUUGGAACAGGAGGGGCAGCUGGGGAGUCCCACACCCUCAGAGAGGGACUCUAGUGAUGCCCUGCAGGGUCCUGGUGCCCAUCUGAAGGAAGGUCAGAGGGCACUGCCAGGGGGGGCUGGAGGAGAGCUGCAGCCACGCUGGCCCAAGAGGCUGAGGGACGGUGAGGGGAUGGGGGAGCAGGGCGGCUCAGACGAGGGCCUACAUCACCCGUCUGCUCCGGGUAGCGUGGAUGACAGUGGUGAGGAGGAGACAGGGGACCUGAUGCAUUUCUGCAUGCAGUGCGGGGGGGGCUUUGCCAACGAGGCUGCGCUGGAGGAGCACCCCUGCCCCCUGGGGGACGCCCACCUACAGGGAGGAGGGACGGAGGACACCCUGUUCCCCUGCGCCUCGUGCGGCCACGCCUUCAGCCAUGACUGGGCCCUGAAGAACCAUGAGUGUGUGUGCGCAGCCGAGCGGCCCCACCGCUGCGAGCUCUGUGGGAAGGGCUUCACACACUCACGCUCGCUCGAGAGGCACCAGGUGGUUCACACUGGAGAGAGGCCACACCGCUGCCAGCAGUGCGGGCGGAGCUUCAGUCGCCUAAGCAACCUGGAGAGGCACCAGCGGAUCCACACAGGCGAGCGUCCGUACGGGUGCGAGGUGUGCGGCAGGCGCUUCAGCAGGGUAGAGUACCUGAAAAGACACCAGCUGAUCCACAGUGGAGACAGAGACAAGGCCGGCAGCGCUCACCAGUGCUCCCAGUGUGGAAAGAGCUUCAGCGAACCCGAGCAGCUCAAAAACCAUGAGUGCUUUUUAUAAUUUUAUGCGUUUGAUAAUUGAGAUUUACCAUGAUUUCUUUGGGGAGGGAAAGUUGGAAGAAAUUCCUGCUCAAGGUAGAAGUUGCUCCCUAACAGAUCUAAGAUCAUUUUAACCUAGCCUCAAUCCUAAAGUCUAAAGCUCUGACCUUGGGUCAGUGGUUAGGGACAACUUCUACCUCCUCUCAAAAAGAGGGGGGAAAAGACUAUGGUGAUCAUCCAGGUUGAGAUGAUGUCGAAUUGUACGUGGAGAAAGUUGUUGUGCGUUUUGUAUGUUUCUCAAAUGUACAUUGUGUCUUUAUAUUAUUAAAUUAGUAUUUUCACUUUGAAAACAUCAAUCAUGGCCUUGUUUAUCUUUACUUUAUCGAUGAUGAUAACAAUUGGGUAUUUUGUACUAUUCGUUUGUUUUCUGUAUUAUCCAUCAGGAAUAAACACUUGACUUUAUUCAGUGA